AUGCGACUUGUAGGAGUCCACUAUGACAUCAAAGCCAAAAAUGCAUGUGAGCGUAUAUUGUCGUGUCCUGAUGAGCCCUGCUACCUGUGGUUUGUUAUGGAGUUUUGCGAGGGAGGGGAUCUGAAUCAGUUCAUCCUGUCGCGACGACCCGAUCCCCGCACCAAUGCCAGCUUCAUGAUGCAGCUGAGUAGCGCUGUGGCAUUCCUGCAUGAAAACAAUAUUGUUCACAGAGACCUUAAACCAGAUAAUAUCCUCAUCUCGGAGCGUUCUGGCAUGCCUGUGUUGAAAGUGGCCGAUUUUGGACUGAGUAAAGUGUGUGCCGGUCUGGCUGCUGGAGUACGGGACUCAGAGGAGGGACGGGACAAAAACAAGAACAGUGUUAAUAUCAAUAAGUUCUGGCUUUCAUCGGCAUGCGGCUCAGACUUUUACAUGGCACCGGAGGUUUGGGAAGGACAUUACACAGCCAAAGCAGACAUUUUUGCUCUAGGCAUUAUCAUCUGGGCCAUGAUAGAGAGAAUCACUUUCAUUGACGCCGACUCAAAACGGGAGCUUCUCGGGACGUAUGUGCGGCAGGGUUCUGACAUCGUCCCGGUUGGAGAGGCGCUUCUGGAGAACCCAAAGAUGGUGUUGAGUAUUCCACAGCGCAGGCGCUCGCAUAUGCCCGAGGCACUCAGGAAACUUUUGCAGGACAUGCUGGCAGUCAAUCCUCAGGACCGACCAGAUGCACUAGAACUGCACAGCAGGAUGGGACAGGUCACUUGCGCAGCGUGAACUCUGACCUGAAUGCACACACAGGUUUUCCCUUUCCAUAACAGACCAGAAGGGACCGUGUUGCUUGGAAAACUGUGAAUCUUCCAUUGCUGAUUUAAUGUGAAGAGAGUACAAAGUACUCAACUUGAACGCCAAUACAAAGUUUGCCACAAAUAGAUUUUCAUCUGACCGUUCCCUUUUUUUGUUUACAGUAGUAAUUUACAUGAAUCAUUCAGCAAGCCCAGAAGUGUUCAGCCUAACUCAAUCAGCAGUUACAUCACUAACAGUGAAGUAAAGCUAAAAACAAUGUUAUGAUGCAGUGAGUACAAUCAAGCUAAAACAAGCAAGCUCUUUAUUAGUCUUACUGGGGGACUGGGACUUUCAAAUUCUGUUCAUGGAGCCGCCCUACUUUUUCAUCUUCUCAAAACAAUCUUUUGCCAUAACAAACAAAGAAAAGUAUUUCAGAUAUUUUAUCCGGUUUUAUGAGAAGUGAAGCAUUUGCAAGUACAAACAUUGUUUGCAGUACAAAGACAUACGCACAAGAUACUUGACUACAUUUUGAGCUCAAGCAUUUUUACAUAUAUGCUCAUCACAUGUCACAAAUCAUGUCAUUACCAUAGUCUUACUUUUGGGUCUUACUUGAGUUAAACAUAAAACUCCUCAGAACUUUUUCAUCGUUAUCUUCCCUGUCACAACACAAUAACUGAAAUUUCAAGACCAACUUUUAGAACUUGGUUUUCAUUUGUCAUGAAAAUGCUCAUGAUCUUAAGCCUAAAACCAAUAUUGAUAUUUUUUUCUCCUUGAAUGCAGAUUUAUCCUGGUGCCUUGAAGUCUAGUGAUAUAAGUGAGAUUUCUUGUAGGUUUUUGUUUUGUUUUACAGCUUUAUCUUUUAAACAUGCAGUACAUUUUCCAAGCUUUUAAUAUUUCAACACUUUAUAUAUUGGGCAUGUGCAGUUUACCCAUUUAGGUGCUAGUUUUUACAUUGUGUGAGAUUAUUUUUUUGCCCCAUUUACAAUGCUGCUGUCACUUAUGAAAAAACGGUGUGAACAACCCUUCUGCACAGACAGUUGUUUUCGAAUCUGGCAGAUUAAGAUAUAGAUUUAGUUAUGACUAAAGGGAGCAGUUAAAGACCGUGUGAGUGCUAUUUGUGUUUUAUAUAAUAAAUUCUAUUAAUGCAUUUCCACUAUAAAACAGUUUUUGCUUUUUUGGGUUGAUUUUUUUCUUUUAUUAAAAGCCAAUAUUUCCUUUGUUAACUGACUACUUGAUGUUCUCAAAAGCAGGAUGGGAUCUCAGUAGUGGUACCAUUGCUCUUUUUCAUCUCUAUCCUAAAUGUUUCAUAGAGAAGAAAUUGGUGUGUUUGACUUUUUCCAGAUGUGGUUUUGCCUGACAGUUUGUGUGCGCUAUAGUUCUACCUCAGCACUCUUGUGUUUUAGUUACUAAUUCACUAAAUUAGCUUUCUGUUUUUUGGAGAGACUAGUUAAUAUUUUUCAGAUGGAUUUAUUUAUUUAUGGGGUUUUGUUUUUGUAAUAAAUCUAUAGUGUCAAGCAUUUUCCAUUUGUGACUGCUUACUGCUGUCUUCUGUAGAAGAAACUUGAGGCUUGUGAGAUCAAGUUUUUUUAUUAGAUUAAAUCACCCUCAGGUUUCAAGGUAUUUUGAGCUGUAAUAUUCUGGACUGCACGGUUCUUCACUUGUGAACAAAAAGUGUUCUGUUACUUUUUAUGUUCAAUUAUGUUUUCAAUUUGUCCGCUAAUUCUUUUCAUUUUUAAUGGGAACAUUCAUUGUGAUUCUUUUAAAUCCACUUUCGUUUUCCCCCUAAUUUAAAUGAUUGUAUCUUUUAUGAAGGUCAGUUAAUCCUGGAGAGAGUUGAUCAAUGUUUUUGCAUUUGCUUUUUUGUCCUCUUCCGUUUGAAUGUUUCAGAGAGCAUAAACCCCGAGAAUUGUCAUAGCAGUCAUUCAAACCAUAGUAUUAGACUGCACUUGCACUGAGAAGAGUGAACCGAGUUUAAUUAGAAGCUCACGUCCUGUUCUAUCAUCUCUUUUACUCGAAUUCUGUGUUUUUCUUUGUAUUCCUUGUUGUCCAACUUUGACCAUACAGCGUACUCUAUGCAACCUCUCCUUUUCUGACACUGUAUGAUGCUGCUCUGCUAAACAAGCUUCUUCAGACCUUGAUAUUUUUGUGCUCAUUUUAUGACUUUUUGUGGAGCAUUUUGUGUGCAAAUAUUGAAUUAUUUUGAACUGACUUUAAUUUGUGUAAAGCACACUAGAUCUUUUGGAUGCUUCUCUCAUUUGGGUGUCAUCCUUUGUUUUGAUGUUGAUUUUGUUCAAUAAA